AUGUACCCUAGACAACAAAUAGACAACAAUUUUCUCAGUAUACCUUCAAUCAUAACUUCCCCCUCCAUCCCAACCUCGACUUCCGAGUCUUUUCCUUUCAACUACCAGCAAGAGCCUCUAACCAGUCCUAUUUCUCAAGCAAUUUCUGCCCCCGUAACUCCUACAAACAGUGUUACACCAGGUUUCCCUUCGCAUCCCCCUAGAAGAAAAGGUAAUCAAAACAGCAACAACAAUAACUCCAAUGAUGGAAAAGCUAAUGGCUCAAAGAGUAACAGUAAUCUCGCACAUAUUCCGUGCAAGUUCUUCAAAAGUGGCGCAUGUACCGCUGGAAAAAAUUGCGUGUUUUCGCAUAGUAAAGAUCCUUCAGCAGAUAACUACGUGUGCAAAUAUUACUUGAAAGGAAACUGUAAAUAUGGAAGCAGGUGUGCUCUUUCUCAUAAUUUACCAAAUGGCAAUUUAAAAGCCAAUGGCAGAAGCAGCAAGAAUGGUGGUAAUACGAAUGGAUCGAGAAAUGGCAUUUCAAACAAUAUUCCAGAAAUUAGAUCUCCAAUUAUGCACCCUCAAUAUAGUCAGGAUGAAUUUCAACCUUUAAAUUCUCCUGGCAUUCCUUUCCCUCGCAUUCCUAUUAGUCCUCCUGAAUAUCAAAAUAAUAACAAAUUCAGUCAAUUGACCGCUUCUCUGAAUUUGAACGAUCAACAUCCUUUUUCUGACGAAAUUCAUCCUACGCAUAGAUUACGCAAUAAUUACAGCAAUGAUCAUUUAUCCGCUCCUAUGAACAUCAAUGGUCAACAACGAAGGUCUUUACCAGAUAUCUUUCAUCUGACUCCGGUUAAUGCUGCUGAAUCUUUUGGAACUUCUCCGUUUCAACCAGCUGGAUCAAAAUCUAUUUUUUUACCUGUUUCCUCCUAUAUUAGCGAUAGUG